GCUGCCCAAGCACGAUGUUCUGCCAAUCGUAUGUCGAAUCCUUGCUCUGCUCUGCUUCAGAUAGGCUACUAAAAAUCCACUUGGAUAUCUAUCUUUUCUCUCAUUGCCAUAUGAAAAGAGAGAGUGCACGCACCCGAGAGAGAGAGAGAAAUAGGAUUUAUUCUAAAGUUCAAAAUUACAGUGUUCCCUCACUACUUCGCGGUUUACUUUUCAUGGAUUCGCUGUUUCGCGGUUUUUCAAUAAACUCUAAAAGACUAUUAUAAAUCAUAAAAAAUACAAUUUACAGCCUAAGAAAGGGAGGAAAGAGAAGCCAAAGGGAGAGAAAAGGAGGAAAGGCGAUUUAUCAACACACAAUUGGUUGAUAAGGACUUAAAAUAGUGUAUAACUACUAAAAUGAUGUAUAAAUAUUAAAAUAAAUAUAGCAUCCCUACUUCGUGGAUUUUCACUUAUUGCAGGUGGUCCUGGAACCUAACCCCCGCGAUAAGAAUGAGGGAACACUCUGCACCAUAAAUUAAGUGGAAGUGAUGUUCCGGGAUCCUGACAUGAACCUGUUUUGCUCCAGAGAUCCAGAGGAACCAUUAAAGCACAAGUUUGAUCUCUACAGGCGUCGUACCCUCAUACAAUACAAAUCGACCAUGUUUGCUCACCUCCGAACAAAUGAAUCACCUAGACUUCCAUCUUGUUAUGACUUAAUUUUAUUUCCAAAACGCUCAUCCAGCUCAUUAGCAGUUCCAGGCACCUGUUUUAAUCCUAUGUGGUGUUUGGGAGUUGAUAUAAUAGGUAGGCUUUGUUAAGCUGCUUGGCAAGAGUCAUCACAAUACUCUUAAGGUUCACACAUAUAUGUGGGUGGAAUGUCAAGCAGAGGAGUUUUGUCUGGAAAGCUCCCAUUAAUCACUUCUUAAAGGCCCAGCAGGAAUCAUGUCCUUUUCAGUUUCUUCCUUAUGCUCUUAAGAUUUAUUCUUGCCUAAUUAAUUGAAAUAACAUGGUGGAUAUAACAGUAGAACAUCAGCAAAGGGUUUUAAAUUACCACUUUCAUAAUAUUCAGAUUCACAGCCUUCCUCUGGUUAGGUAAAGAAAAUUUUUCUCAGCCAUCCUUGCCCUUUUUUGUGUCUGCCCAAGGACUUGCCAUAUAUACCCAUGUAUAAGUCGAUUUCAUGUAUAAGUCAAAGGUAGGUUUUGGGGUCAAAAUUAUUUAUAUGACCAAUGGAUAGGGAGAGGGAAAACCACCAAUGAUGCUUCAAGGGAUCAGCUGCCCUUGGCUGUUGCUGCCAUUUCUCUGCCCAGACAUUCAAAAGAUUCAAAUGGUACCAUGAUAGAGACAGUAGAAGGGUCAGUACUCUUUUAGAUUUUUCUCAAGUCUAAACAAGGGUUUUGAUGCUUAGAAAAGCCUCAUAUCUUUUGUGCAGAUUGAUUUAAUUUAAGUCUAGGUAUUCCAGUGACAGAAAUAAAAAGACUGCAGGCAUUGAUGGUGAUGUUCUGUUCUCUCGUAUUCCCAUAUUCUGUUCUUCCCUGUCUAACUGCAGGGCUUCACAGAGCAGGAGACAUUGUGCUUGAAUUCCAGUGGCAAAUACAUCAGAAAUAAUCUAAGGCCCCUUCCACACAGCAGAAUAAAAUCCUACGUUUUCUGCUUUAAACUGGAAUAUAUGGCAGUGUGGACAGUAUGGAACCCAGUUCAAAGCAGACAUUGUGGGAUAUUCUGCCUGGAUAUUGUGGGUUAAAUAUUGUAUGUAUGGGCCCUUAGGCCCCAUCUACAGCAAUUAUUGGAGCCCCCGGUGGCGCAGUGGAUUAAACUACCGAGCUGCUGAACUUGCCGACCGAAAGGUUGGCAGUUCGAAUCCAUGGAGCGGAGUGAGUUCCCGCUAUUAACACCAGCUUCUGCCAACUUAGCAGUUUAAAAACAUGCAAAUAUGAGUAGAUCAAUAGGUACUGCUUCUGCAAGAAGGUAACAGCGCAGCAUGCAGUCAUGCUGGCCAUGUGACCUAGGAGUCCCCUCGGGUGAGAAAGGCGGGGUAAAAAUGCUGCAAAUAAAUAAAUAAAUAAAUAAGAGAUGUCUAUGGACAAUGCCAGCUCUUUGGCUUAGAAAUGGAGAUGAGCACCAACCCCCAGAUUCGGACACAACUGGACUUAAUGUCAAGGGAAACCUUUACCUUUAUCUUUUUACAGUAAUCAUUUAAUACAAUUUCAAACCGGUAUUGAAGAAAGUGGUUUCACUUUGCAGAUGAUUACAUAGGGACUCCUGGAACCAGUUUGAGGCCAGGAUGAUGUUUACGCAAACGACGGAGUACCGAUGCACAUUAAGGGCUUCCUUUCACACACUUUUGAGGGAGUUUGUUGUCUGCCUGCAAGUUUUAAGCUAACUUCGAACAGCUUUAAAUGGUCAGUGAAGAUGGGGGUUUUGAUAUCAUUCACUUAAUUUAGUAGAGGCAACAGAGGCCCCUUCCACACAACUGUAUAAAUCCACAUUAAACUUGAUUGUAUGGCAGUGUGGACUCAGAUAACCCAGUCCAAAGGAGACUCUGACAAGAUGGCGCCGAGGCAAUAAGCUUUGUACAGAGCUCUGAGAAGCAAAAUAUUCUAUCUGCUCUAAUCGUCCUUGCUUGGCCCCCCCUCAGCUCAAUUUGAAUCUGAGCAUCCCUUCAACCUUCUGAGGGACUGGAAUGAGGGCGGAUUCCAGAGGAAUUCAGGAGGAUUAGGUAGGCGAAGAGAAAAGAAUAUCUGGAGGGUAAGAUGGGGCACGGCCGCCAUUAAUUUUGGCUGAGAGAGACUCCUAGCUCCCUGCCCUCCCUGUUUCCCUCCUUCCUUCGCCUCUUUGCUUCUUUGCAUCUGUUCCAUCUGCUCCGGAGGUGACAGGAGCUCUGCUCCUUCGGCACGCUGCUGUUUGGGAGGCUGCUGACUUUACGAGCCAUCUCUCCAUCCUGGGAGGUGGCUCCCUCCCUCCCUGCUGAUCAGCUGCUAGCCCACCGAGCCAUUCCGGGAGGUGGCCGAAGAGCUCAGCCGACCCUUCCCAGCAGAGCUGGUCCUUCUCAGCAGGCUCUCGCUCUCCUGAGCCCAAAGUGCUGCCUUGCCAUCUCAGGAGGCAGCAGGAGCCCCAGUCUUUUGCCAUGGGCUGUUGCUGAGUGGACGUCAGACCACUGGGAAGUGGCUGAAGAACUCAGCCAGCCCUUUCCAGCAGGCACUCACUUUUCUGGGCCCAACAUCUCACUUCAUCGUCCAGGGAGGCUGCAGAAGUCCCAGUCUUUGCCGUGGGCUGCGGCUGUUGGACCACUGAGCCACCUCGCCGUUCCGGGAGGUGGCCGAAGAGUGUCAUGGAGCCAGAUCCCAGGGCUGAAUUUCCAAGCCCUGAAUCUGACUUCAUAACAUAAACAAUCCUGCAAGCACCUGGCGGGAGAAGAUAAAAUGAGCCUGGGAACUCAGGGUUGAAAGUAUAAACAAUUAUAAUUGAUAUAGUGUGUGGGAAUGGUAGUAAUGUGAUCCAGGGGGUGGGAUUUGAUGAUGAUAUUUGCGUGUGGUAUUACGUUGCAUCAGAAGUGAUAAAAUUAGAUGUAUGUAAACAUUAGGUCAUUCUCGACUUUUCCAAAGUCAUGUAUUCUUCAAUAAAGAUUGGAUUUGAGAGCAGCUAUCUUUGAUCUGCGUUCAGACUGGUCCUUUGAAGUGAGCCUGACAUUUAAGUCGAGAAUCCAGUUCUCACCCUCCUGCGGAAUUCGCAGUGAAGUGAUAAUGAGUGAAGAAGGAGAUCAAAGCCCAAAUGGGGCAGGGAGGCCUUUGCAAGGGGCCCGGCCGAAGAGAGAAGAGACGCUGCAAGCCAUAGCUUCCUCUACGGGGUACCCCAGGCCGAACGGCGUGACCCAGAGGAUUCCCAGGGGAGGAAGAGGCGUCUCUGCGGCUGCAGAAACCAGUUGGGGAUCUGGAGGAAGUAUGCCGGAGACCGUGGCCCUGCGGUUGUCCAUCCUGGAAACUAAUUUAUCCAGGCUGUCGGAAACCGUGGGGAGGUUGGUGCCACUAUUGGAAGAGAAUCUCCAAAAGGAGCCCAUCCGAUAUGGCGCCGAGAGAGAGCCAAGUAAAGAAGGAGAUUGGAGCCAGAGGGGCCAGCGAGCGUCAACGCAGAGUCCCGUGGCGGCAAGGGACGAGGGAGAUGAGGAAUACUGGCAGGAGCUGGAGGUCCGAGACAGAAUGGCGCGCGAAGUGGAGCGCCAGCGAGCUCUGGGAACUCUGAGGCCGCCAUCCCCAACAAAGCUCCCAACCCCCCGAAUGGGCGUCGGGGUGGAAAGGCCACUGGGGCCAGGGAUCGGGUCCAGUGGAUUUGCAGACGAAGGCGGAGAGGAGCGGGGGAUCCAGGAAGAGGAGGAGGAUGUGCCGUAUGACGAGGAAAGGCGAGAUGAGGGGGCUACAGCGAGGCCAGUAUGCGGAUGGGCGGAAGGGCCGACAGCGGCGGCAGACUUUCGGGAGCCGCGCAGAAUGACCACCGGAGUGGGGCGCGGCGUGUUCCAAGGAGCCGCCCGAGGAAACCUGAUGCAACCCUUCCCCAUGCCUCCCAGACAGCAUCAACGGGCCGCAGAAUGGAUGCCAAGAAGGGAAGAUCUCAAACUAGAAUACGGAGGGGAAUCAGAUGAACUGAACUUUUUUCUAAUUAGCAUCAGAGGAUACAUGGAAGACAAUGCACACACAUUCCCCUCCGAAGCAAGCAGGGUUCGAGCCAUCGGCAACACACUGAAGCGAGGAGCAGCCAGCUGGUAUGUGCAACUACAUGCCAGAUGCGACCCAUGCCUGAGGUCAGUGCCCCGCUUCCUCGCCGCACUGGAAAACCGGUUCAGAGACCGGCUAGAGCAAUUGAGGGCUCGAGACCAGCUGAAAGGAAUAAAGCAGAGGGACAAAACAGUGCCCGAGUACGCAGAGGAAUUCCUCCACCUCGCGGAAAGGGUACCAGAGUGGUCUGAAGUGACCAAAGUGGAGUUAUUUAAAGAGGGACUACGCCCCGAGAUUUUCAGCUGGGCAGCGCACAGAGAUGACCCCGAAACGCUCCAGGGAUGGAUUCAACUAGCGGGGCGCGUCGAAUCCACCCUGGCCCAAGUAAAGCGCUUCGGGAGCAGCAGCGGCCAGCAAAGACCAGUGGCGAGAGGUCGAGGAGAAACGAGGAAGCAGGAAAGACCCGGAGGGAGGCCGGGGAUUCCCUCCAGAGGAGACGACAACAAACCUAAACCGGGAUGCUUUGUAUGUGGGAAGACGGGCCAUCGGGCAGCGGAAUGCUGGGCCCGGAAGGGGGAGCCGCCAAAACCCCCAAAGCCCAAGCCAGCAACCGGGAGGCGCGCGGAAGAGGAGGUGCAGGCCCCAGAAUCUUCAGAAAAAUUGAACUAUGAUGAAAGAAGAACCGAAGAGGAGGACGAAGAAAACGAGGGCGCCAUGUCAUGGAGCCAGAUCCCAGGGCUGAAUUUCCAAGCCCUGAAUCUGACUUCAUAACAUAAACAAUCCUGCAAGCACCUGGCGGGAGAAGAUAAAAUGAGCCUGGGAACUCAGGGUUGAAAGUAUAAACAAUUAUAAUUGAUAUAGUGUGUGGGAAUGGUAGUAAUGUGAUCCAGGGGGUGGGAUUUGAUGAUGAUAUUUGCGUGUGGUAUUACGUUGCAUCAGAAGUGAUAAAAUUAGAUGUAUGUAAACAUUAGGUCAUUCUCGACUUUUCCAAAGUCAUGUAUUCUUCAAUAAAGAUUGGAUUUGAGAGCAGCUAUCUUU